GCAAGAUGGAAGCUGUACAAAAGGACCACUGGUACUUCGUGGUACUCAUCUUUCUUCCUUUUCUUAAAGUUGCUGUCCAGGAGAUGGAGGCUGCCACAGUCCGUCUGGAGGAAGGGAUGAUCCUCGACUGCUUGUGCCCCUGGGACGGCAACCUCAGCAUGGUGUCCUGGACCAAAGUACCAGACAAGGAUCCGGUAGCUGUUUUCCAUCCAGAGUACGGAGUGGCCUUUUCUCACCAUUACCGUGAGAGGAUAGAGUUCCUGAGGACCACGCCUAUGGAUGGAAGUAUUUCCAUGAGGAACGUCACUCACCAGGAUAUCGGGGUUUACCACUGUUCUGUGCAGACCUUCCCACAGGGCCCCUGGACAAGGAACAUUCAGGUGGAAGAUUUAGACGAGCCCCCAGAAGAAGACAACAGCACAGAAGCCCCCACUCCAGAGGUAAUCAAGACGGACACAGAGCUGUCAGCGGAGCAGGACAACAACCUCACCAUCAGCUGUAACCACGAGCACAAUGGCACCGUCUACCAGGUCAUUUUGGAGAAGAUGCCGCACGGCCAGCCCUGGGGCAUCAUCGGAGUGUGUAAGAAGGUGGAAGGGGGCCUGGUGGGCGAGGACUACAGCGACAGGGGCAGGGUGAGCUGCGCCGACAGCCUGGAUGUCAGUCUGCACCUGACAGGUGUGGUGCCGGAAGACGGUGGUUUCUAUCGCUGUACCUUCAGCACAGAUGCAGGGGUGCAGACCACCACUGUGCUGCUUACUGUGCCCCCUCCAGGUGGAAUCAGCCUGUCUCUGUACAUGAUGUAUAUUUACAUCGGGGCUGGAGCUGCUGCACUUACUCUGCUCAUUGUCAUUAUCAUAGUAGUCAUGAAGCACAGGAAGAAGAGCAGGAGAGAGGAGUACAGAGUCAAACUGCACCCAUCUCAGAGACAGAAAUGGAGGCAGUGGCUGAGGCAGUAAUGGAUAUGCAGGCUAUUCUGCUAGAAAACAAGACAAAUGUGGACAAACUAGAAAUGUGGAACAUAAAUGGACAAUGUAGUUUGGAAUCACACGUUUUUGCCUUCAUUCUCUCAUCUCGCUGUUCCUGGCAAAACAGUAGAAGCUGCAACUGUACAUUUGACUGUGGUACUUGUGAUGCUGUGUGUGCGACCAGCAAUACUGAAACUGAUGUGUGUGACUGUAAAUGACUCACUG